ACUUCUUCUCCUCCUUCUUCCGCUGCCUUCUUCUUCUUCCCGUCAAUUGCAUCCCAUUGCUACUGUGUCUGCUGAGCUAUAUCGUCUUCUAAAAUUCUCCCCUAGCCAUAACUCAUCUCACAAUGGUUCUCGCACGCCCUCAUAUCCUCCGCACAUCUGCUAGGGCCAUCGGUGCCGGCAUCGGCGUCGCAGCUCGUCGUCCUCCCACACAGCAAUUCGCUCGCAGGGGUUACGCCCAAGCGCAUGACGCUCCCAAGUCCUCCGAUCUACCAUGGCUCAUCGCAUCUCUGGGUCUUGGUGUCCCAACAGCAUUCUACCUGCUUCAGUCCGGACCCAAGAAGACCCCUCAUCACGGCCACGAGGAUCACGGCGCUGGCCACGUCGAGAAGGAGGAGAAGGCCCCUGCGGGUGAAGCUACUCCUCAGCCUGAUCGCGAUGCAGAGCAGAAGACAGAUACGUCUUCCUCUGCGGAGGGUACGCCGUCAACGGACGGAAAGCCGCCCUCGGAUGUAGACCAGCCCUCCAGUCGCAAGGAGACUGGUAAUUCGGCGACCAUCUCUGGCAAGCAGGAGGGUCUCUCUAACACCAACACGGACAACCCGUAUGUGAACGAGCCUGGAAAGAGCGCAAAGGGCGAGGGCGAAACCGAAACCGCCAAGGUGAAGGGGACCGUUUCCCCCGAGCGCCCCCAGGCUUGAUCAAAAGUGACCGUGGGCCAUACAUGUGAAAAGUCCACUUAUGUCUUUGACGAAGGCUACUGUAUUUUAUCGUCCAUGAUCGCGAGCUAGAUCACCAAAGAGUUGCCAAUCUAACUUUUGCGUCUACUACUUUGUAGCGUUAUGUUCCUUUUCCUCCAAGAGUGUGCGGUCUAGGCUGGCAGGGAGGACUCUGCUCAGAUGUGAUAGCUCUGCCGCAGGAGUUACACCAGUGACACAAGAUAUGUGUCUGGAUAGUACGGAG